UUUAGAACCCGGAAGUAAAAAAUAAAAAUAUUGUAAUUCCUUUUGAAUUUUAUCAAUUCUUGCGCAAUGUCUUCAUGUGAUUAACGUUUCCUCGUAUAGAAUGGAGGGUGUGCUAGAGCGGAACAUAAGUACUGCCCUCAAGGCGAUAGCUGAAGCCAUCAAACUGGACAGUGGCAACAAACAUGUGGAAGCUUAUUGGCAGUACCUUCAGAGUGUGACUUUCAUCAUCAAAUGCUUGGCACAGGACUUUUCCAAUAAAGGUGGUCAGCAAUUCCAAAUAACUAACAUGACCAAGAAGUUUGUCAAGCUUGGCCAGCAGAGCAUGGAAAGGCUCGGAGCUGUGGUAGAAAAUAUUCCAGUAUCCAUGGUCCCAAACCUCCAGUCUGAACAACCAUCAUAUGACAGGAUACCAACGCCUACCGACCCCACACGGAAGCUGUCCCCUUAUCAGCCAGAAUUGCCAAAGUCCAGCCUGGGUAGUCCGAGAAUGGAUCUCAGUCCUAUUGAGCAAGCACAGCUGAAAAACCAAUAUUUGGUCUCCAGUUAUAAGGCCAGGCUGGCAAAGUUUGCAUCACCCUCUGACAAGCGAGCGACUGAACUGAGUCUGACCCUUCAAAGGAAACUAAUUGAAAAUGCCACCAUUGCAAGGACUCGACAACAGGCUGUGGAGAAAAAACUGUUGGCAAGAAGAACAGCCAUGGAACAAGAGGCUGCUAAGAGGCUGUCUUCGAAAGAAGAUCAGGAAUUCUUCGCCACCAUCAUAAAAUAUGAAGAAACUGCCAAAUGGCCUCUUGCUUGGAGAGAAAGAAUCGCACAGAAUCCGAAGGGCGAGCGUCUCAUCACACUUCUGGUUGAUCAAAUUUUACGGACAAGUGACCAUCCAAUUACAAAAGCCCUCCUCAAAUACCAACUAGACAUCUACAACAAAAUCAAACCAUUUGUUGAUGAACACGUAAACAAAGUCAACUCAAUUACAGUGCCAUAUCAGUAUGAAGCGCCCACAGAGGAAUCAGCUACCGUAAAUAAUGACAAAGACAAUAGAGAAAAUGCUCAAAGUUUAGCAGUAGAUAACAUCUCCAACUCUAACUCUUCUGAUAAUAUACAAGACUUGGAAACGUGUUUAGAAAAUGAUCCGGCGGACUUCUCUAAAGUAACGGAAGAAAUACAAGAAGAAUUGGAAGAGUCUAAAGCAAAGGGUGACAAGGUGAUAGCAAAGUUGACAGCGGAUAAGAAUCAAAAUGAUACGAACAGUCCGAAUUUGGCUGGUUCUAUGACAAGUUUGACUGUGAGUGAAGACUUUGACGACUUGUUUGAAGACAGCUUUGAUAACACUGAAGCAAAAUCUGAUGAGGCAAAUUCGGCUGCAGAAAAUGUUUGUACCGAGGAUGUUAGUUGUGAUGCUUCUGGCGCUACUGCCGAGAAAAACAGGACAGAAGACACUGGCACCAAAAGACUACCGCUGGUCACCAUACUUUCGGACGAGGAUUUGACUUCUCUUCAGCAGUCCCUGACCAAGGAUGUUCAUUCUUGCCUGAAUAAGCUGCUGUGGUUGUUCAUCAUAGCAUACGAAGAGCUCGAUACUCCUAUUGGGAGGGAUCAUCUCUAUGUCUCUCUUGAAGAUCCAUUUUUCAAGCAAAUAUGGUCACAUCUCUUAGUGUUCUUCAGGGUUAUGAACCGCGAGAAAGAGGUCGAGCUGGCCAAGGUGAUGACCAAAAUGAUGGAUGCUAGCCCUGAAGACCUUGGCAUCAACGAGAAAUUCUGCCUCUUGGGGGGAGCCCAGGCGUACUUUCCUGCAGUGGAAGAGUUGGUAAAGAUAAGGCAUUUCUACUCCCCGCUCAAAAAGUUACAGUGUCUAGUUAACAUGUCAAGGAGCAUCUGUCAAUGUGUUGAAGACUUCUAUGCCAGUGAGGAGGCUGGCAAGUCCCAAGGGUCAUCUCUUGGAGCAGAUGAUCUUCUUCCCAUUAUGAGCUUUGUGGUUAUCCAUAGUCGGAUGCCUCAGCUGCUCUCCGAAUGUGCCGCCCUGGAGGAGUUCAUACACCAUGGAUACCUGUACGGAGAAGAGGGAUACUGUCUCACCAGCGUGCAGACUGCCUUGAUGUACAUUGGGUCAUUAUCAAAGAAAAAGUCUUCAGCAGAGAAUGCAUAAAGUGAUCCUUUCCCAACAUGCUGGUUGUGACUUUGUUGGGACAAAUGGGAAUUAUAAUCAAACAUCUGUUGUAAUCAAAUGUCUCUCUCUAUGAAACUCAGCCAUGAUAACAAUGAUUGUUGUGUCUUUCCAUUGAUCAGUGGGCAAACGGAGGUCUUUGCAUUCGACGGGGGGGGGGGUAAGGGUCUGUGGGGGACCAAAAUUACACCUUGCAGUGCCAAUAUUGCUUGUGCCACUAACUGGGGGGGAGCAUUCGGCAUAAUAUUUAUUCAAGUUUGUCUCUCUGAAAGAGUAAUGAGAAGGAACCUCUUUGAUUUGAUUUGAUUUGUUUCAUCUAAAAUUGCAUUUUACGAAUAUGCUGUGAUACCAAUGCUAUGUGCAUUUGCUUUAUCGUGGAAUAAAGUUUAUGAAAACAUGCAAGGCAUA